AAGUGGUUUUCUAUUGUACGUGUGCUGCUUCCAAUACGUCCGCGGCGACGCGAUUUCCACUCGAUUGUGAGGAAAAGUCGACGAAAAACUGCCUUCUCGGGUCGCGAAACACAUGAGGAGUGUUUUCUACGACCGCUUCUAGUGUUGUGCACCCAGAAAUCGAACUAUCCAGGCGAGAGUGUUUAGAAAAGUGAUGUGAAAAUCAACGACGAAAGCGGAGAGAAAAAGACGAAAACGUCAGACGAGGCCGUCGUCGUGAAGUGUAAAAAGAAAAGUCAAAUUUGUGUGGUGUAUGGUGGAGCGCGAUUGUGUUGAAUUCUCGGUGCAACGGAAGAGACGCUGAGGUCGAGAGUUCGUGCGUCGCAAAGGAAAAUCGAGGGCCACCGUGCAGCGAAAGUGCAGGCAGCGAGUUCUUGGCGAGACGACACCUAAAACAACUCCACGUCCAUGGAAGGAUCCGAUGGAUCGCCUCCAUCGUCUUUGUGGAUGAUUCGUGCGGCAGAGUUAUUCCCAAAAUCACAAAUGGAGAAGGAAGACGACCAACUAACAGUUCCCUUCCAAGAACUUGCCGGUGAAUCAGUACGAUAUCUAGGGCGGACAGAUGAUGGAAUUCUUGCCCUGUCCAAUUAUCGUGUAUUUCUUCUAAAGAAUUCAACAUGUUCCGAAACUUCAAUACCGUUAGAACUUAUCGAAACAGCACAGACUCGUGACCUUUUUCAGUUAGUGUUAAGUUGUAAAGAUGCAAGUACCGUGAAAUGUUCCUUCGAAACAGCCGAACAAUGCUCAGAAUGGGCACGUCGAAUUACAAUGUAUAUCGGUGUGCCGGAAAGCCUCGAAUCCCUAUUUGCUUUUGCCUUCUAUUCGUGGACGUCAGACUACAUGGCGACCUCGUCGGCAAACGCCGAGAACAAUGAGUGGUCCGGGCGAUUGCAACGUGCCGGUCGUUAUGAAGAUGAUUUUCGGCGCGAAGUUGAGCGGUUGCAGUUCGACUUGAAUGGAACGUGGCGAAUUACAAAUGCAAAUGCCGAUUUCAAAUUAUGUCCAUCAUACCCAGAACUUUUACUUGUUCCUUGUUGUAUAUCUGACGAAACACUGCAAAAUGUGGCAAGUUUUCGUGGAUCACGGCGUUUGCCUGCAGUGGUUUGGCGUCAUAAACAAUCGGGGGCGGUUAUUGCACGAUCUAGUCAACCGGAAGUUGGGUGGUUGGGAUGGCGCUGCUCUAAAGAUGAACAGCUGUUAAAGGCGCUGGCGGAUGCUUGUGCUUUUGAUAGAGGCGAACAGAUUAGGAGACAGAAUUUGAGUCAAUCAGGGGAGUCGACACCAUCUAGUGCAGAAGGUAGCCAUGAAGAGGUUACAAUGGACGAAGUUCGGAAAAUAUUAAUUGUAGACGCGCGGUCCUAUACAUCGGCUGUUACAAAUAGAGCUCGCGGCGGUGGUUGCGAAUGCAUCGAGUAUUAUCCAUGUGCCGAAAUAGAAUUUAUGAGUUUAGGGAAUAUCCAUGUGAUCCGGAAGAGUUUUCACGCUCUAAGACAACUUUGCGCCUCUCCACCAGACGUGCAGAAUUGGCUCGGUCUUCUAGAACGCACAAUGUGGCUUCAACAUCUUUCUGGAUUACUAGCGGCUGCGAUGACGGUUACAGUAGCAAUUGAAAAGAAAGGUCGCCCCGUACUAGUGCAUUGUUCGGAUGGAUGGGAUCGAACACCACAAAUUGUUGCAACGGCGCAGUUGUGUUUAGAUCCCUUCUAUCGGACUGUUGAAGGAUUUCGGAUACUUGUGGAAAGAGAAUGGUUGAGUUACGGUCAUAAGUUUGCUGAUCGUUGUGGUCAUGGUCCCGGUUCGGACGAGCUGAAUGAGCGAUGUCCAGUAUUUUUACAAUGGCUCGAUGUUGUUCACCAGAUCCAUUCACAGUUCCCCUGCAGUUUCGAAUUCAGCAUGGCUUAUUUGAUAAAGCUUGCCCAACAUUCACAUUCGUGCCUAUUCGGUACAUUUUUAUGUAAUACGGUAAAAGAACGAAUCGCUAAUUCCGUUAUGGAAAGAACAUUUUCUGUUUGGCCUUUCCUUUCCGGUCCAAUGUACCGUAACCCGUUGUAUGUGCCGAAUCGUGAAAGGGUUUUAUGGCCAGCACACAAUGUCCGUGAUCUAAGACUGUGGAGCGAAGUAUAUCUGGGGAGCUUAGGAAACCAAAAUCCAUCUGACUAUCCGCCGAAUAAUGUGGAGACAACUCCAGAGACUGCAGCUCAAAUGACGAAAACCAGAUCUUAUGGUGAUCUAUUGACGGCCGGUGGCGCGUUAAACGGCCUGACUAGACGAUCGAGUGAUCCAAAUAUGACUGCUGAAACGCACCUAAUGAUCAACAUGUCGGACAACAAUUCCGUGUCGUCUGAACAUAACGCUUCGCCUGUUCUUCUCAAAACUAUCAUUCAAGCAACAACUGAAAAACUACAGAAUCUUACCAAUGAGCUGAAUCAGUCCGAUGAUGAUGCGGAAAUAUUCAAAAUCAAUAACUUGGAUAAUCAUAGCUCAACGAAUGGCGCAAAUGGCGAUAUUUUGUCAAAAAUUUUAGAGGCAACGGAUAAUAUCCAGAUUAAAAACUUACAAGAACAAUUGCCUGAAUCGAAUGAAAUAAUUACUAUUAGUAGAGAUUGUGAUAUUAAUAACGGUUUAAAUGCUAAGAACUCGUUGAGCAGCGAUGCUAGUCGGUGCGAAUUAACUAAGGUAAAAACAGGAGAGAGAGACGAGAUUGAUGUUCUACAACAAGACGAGGGACAACAGCAUGUGAAUGGAAUCAUACACAACGGAAAUAAUGUAACAAGACAGAAUAGUAACAGUGAUAAGGCAAGCAGUGAUGAAAUUGAUAGUGGCAUCAUGAACCGUGAAAGCAGUUGUGAUUCAGAUGAUAUGAUGCAAAGCGUAGACUUACAAGGUGAUCAAUUUACCAACAACAUCCUAACCCAAUCAGCUGAAUCGGACAAUCCAUGGCAUGGUUCAGUAGAAACGAGCACCGACACCCUAGUUCCAAACGAAUCACAUCCAGACAACAUUAACAACACAACGGAAUUGCAAUUAUCUAAAACAAUUGCAAACGAUCAACUCAAUGGUAACAGCCAUCCUCAUGAUUACACUAUCGACAACAAUACAAACAAUUGUAAUCAACGCGUGGAUGAAUUUUCACAACAACAAAACAACUUUUUUACAGCCAAAAAUACUUCUACAAAUAAUACAAAUCCUAUCGAACCUGAAGUGCAUUCUAAACCAAAUACAACCACUAUGGAUAGUGUUUUAAUUAGCUAUAGUAGCAAGAAUAACUUAAACAAUGUCAUUUCAUCGCCAUCGAAUAUAAUGGAUGAAAGUAUUCUAAUCCUACCUGAGCAUGAGAAAUUAGAGAUAUCGACUAGCGGUAAAUGUAGCGACGGUAAUGUUAUAAGCAGUAAUGGUAGUGUGAAUAGUGGUAAUAAUAUAAGUACAACAGCAACGUCAUCGCAACAACAACAGCAACUCGUGCAACAACAGCAACAGCAAAUGUUUUUACUUCAAAAUCAUCGGAGACGGAGAACAUCAUCAUCAAAUUCACGAAAUGAAUUCAUCAAUUAUACAAAGAACACAUACGGAAGCGCAACAAAUUCACGAUUUUCAACACCGGGUAUUCGAUCACUGCCUCUUACUCCACCAGGUGCGCCAGAUCGACCAGUUGUAAUUUCGUGUCCUGAUGGACUAGCACAUGCUCUAAGCGAACAAAAUAUAAGACUACAACAACUCGUUUAUGAACAUAAGGUUCGGGAGGAGGCUUUACAAAAGGAACUCCACAGCAUGCGUGUGGCUCUUUUGAAAAAAAUCUGUCCACAGUGUAAUAACCAAAACACAGCAAAUGAUGAACAGUGCUCCGUAUUGGAUAAUAUAGAGAGCAGUUCAAUAUGUUCCUGGGAAGCUGUCGAAGACCGUAGUGGUCCAUCGUCAGGAGCAAAUUCAGCACAGCCUACAAACAGCGUUCUCUGGGUACCCGACCACGCAGUCAGUCGAUGUACAGGAUGUGAUAUUGAAUUUUGGAUUGGGCGUCGAAGACAUCAUUGCCGAUCCUGUGGUCAGAUAUUCUGUGCCGAUUGUUCAGAAUUUUGGGCACCACUUCCCGAUGAAAGACUUUAUACUCCUGUAAGAUUAUGCGGACCGUGUUACCAUGCGGUUACAACUCGAAUUCAGCAACAGCAGCAGCAAGCACGAACUGCCGCUAUGAGUUCGGCACAUAGUCAAUACCAAAAAUCAACCUCAAUAUCGUCAUCAUCGUCAUCGACAUCUACUCUACCAGCAACAGCCGCACAAUUCUCUGUCGGCCUUAACAACACUAUUCAGCAACCAUCCCCUUCGAUACCGCCACAAUCUUCGAAUAGCUAUUGCGUUGCAGCCCCAUCAACGUCGAUGGAGGCAUGCAAACAUGCCGCAAGUCCACCCCGAAACGAUCGAGGAAACUUCAAAGCUACCGCUGCAUCAAACUAGAUCGAUAUACAAUUUUUACGAGAGUGAUGAAAGUCUAAACUUACACCCGGAUUUUUUUAAAGAAAAACUAUAUAUAGACAAACAUACGUUAUUAGAUAUACAUAUUACAUUUAAAGAUCACACACAGGAUGUAAUUUUUCCGUCUCUACGAUACUUUUUCCUUUGGUUUAUUACUCCUUUAGUUCAAUAUAUUGUUUAGAUAUUUUGUAAUCUAAUAAUUUUACUGAUGUAGAAGAGAUAUUGUUUCUAUGUGUAUAUUUAUUGAUGUUAAGUUUAAUCUGAAUGAUGAAAGUGAACUUAUGGUAUAUGAAACACUACGAACAUAAUAAUUCAACUAUGAAUUGAAGAGAGAAUAUCAGAAUCAUAGAAAUGCUUAGAGAGAAGUGCAUAAAAAUAAUACGGAAUAGAAUAAACAACACCACGUAAUUUACAAUACUACAUACACCUUAAAAUGACAAAUAUAUAAAACUAUAUUACCACUGAAACGAAGAUAUAUUCAAUGAUUGCAACGUUAUAAUAUAUUUGCUCAAUAUAUGAUGAGCUACUGUUGGACGUAAAUGAUGUUUAUGUUUGUUAUUGAUUGUAUAUGAUUUAUGGUCAAUUGACAUGAGCACUAAUCUAGUUGAAUGGCUUCCAAUUAUUAUAGGCUUUUGAUGGUUAACCUGUUCGUUCAUUUUAACUGAUACGGAGAGUUCUAGAGUGUUUAAAAAGUACUAUAAUAGUUGCGGUAGAGUUGUUCAUGAAGAUUAAUUCUAUACAAUCGUUGUAUUUCGAUAUUCAUGAACCCAAUGGGACGAUCAAUUUUCAAUCAAUGAUAAUCCCACUUAAACUGUCAACAAUAAAACUUCCAAGUUGGGGGAUAUAAUUAGAAAAAAAAUCGAAUCGAAUCGUAAAGGCGAUAAGUUCAAUGGAACAAAGUUAGUUUUGGAAAGGCGCAUCGGGAGAGAUACAGAAAACAUUGAAUAAAAUGUUCGCCAAUAGUAACAUCAGAUAUUGGGAAAAGGAGAAAAUUUGGUUUGGAAUAGAUAAAAUAAAAUGGUCAGAAAAGGGAAUUUUCAAACUUUUGGCCUGUUAAGUUUAUUAUGAUAAACAUCUGUUAUCUAGACGCGGGGAGUAAGGAUCUAAUGUUUUCGUUCGUCUAGUUUAUAAUUUCUUCCGGUUUAAGCUACUUAUUUAUGACAUAUUAAAGCGGGCAUAUGGCCGGCUAUGCUAAAAUGCGUUAGAGGAAGCAUUAAAGAAGUAAUAUGUUCCAAAAUUUAGCUGAUAUUCUCAUCUACUGGAUGGUAGAAACUUACAGAUCUAAUAGUGGAUUUUCAAUAUUCAAAGGCCGCUAAGAAGAAAUAGAAAUAGGGGAAGACAAAAGAAAUUAGCGAUUUAUCCUUGUUAUUGAGCAUUAUAUCCUAUUCACUGUUCCUUCCACUUUUUUUGUCAUGAAUCGGGUCUUAAAAAUUCGAGAACUUAUCCUUAGUUCUUAUAGUUUUUCUUUUCUUUUCUUCUAAGGGCAGAUAGAAAACAAUGCAUGAUAGAGCAUUCCCUUUUCUUGGACCAUUUUAGAUGGUGAAAGGUCUCGAGAGUGAUCCUGCUGCUUUUAUCUGGUCUCGCAUAUUGGUCUGGGUUAGCCUAGUCAGUUUUAUUAGUUUUGUCGAGAUAGCGGAAAAUAUCUUAUAUAUAGGAUACACAACAAGGAGAUACCUCAGUAAUUGCUGCAUUGAGUUGCCUCGUUGCCAAUCAUCUAGCAUUGAUCCGGUGUUCGAAACUUUAAGUACAAGCUCAUACUUAUUGUACAUAGCUGGUCAUCUCCAUAUUUAACGAGUUCAGCUGUUUGCUGCUCACAGUAGUUAUCCACCGUGUUCACUUGGUAGACCCCCAAUACAUCGAUAUUUUGGUUGUCAAGCAGUUCAUCAAAAGACUUCACGGUCGGAAAUCAGGUUUCCAACUUUGUGGGAUCAUUGCGGUAUAUAUGACUUCAUCCUUCGAUUGCUUUUGCACUUCUCGAGUCAACGCACUUGUCCAUUUUCCCGAGCCUGUGAAGUUACUUCUCCGGUCGUCUCUGCAAGAGCCCACCCUUUUAGAGAGCACUGCAUUCCUUUACAUGAAGUAUUUUUCUGUUCAUAGUAAUUUAAUGGAAUUUCGAACAGAAUCUGUCAUGUCAAUAACUUCUUUCUAAAGUAUUUGAGCGAAUAUAGCUCUGAAUUUUGUGACCGUUUCGCUUCUUUCACUACUAGUUCUACAGUCACCAGCUGGACCAUUUUAAAGAAAUCACAAAUAUAUUCAAGCGAGAAUUUAAGCCGUGAUUCUGAAAGUUAGGAACACUUGGAUUUUCAUCUCGAUCGUCCCGUACCGGUAGUUCAUUUUAAUCCGAUUUCUUUCUUUUGCAGAAUACGCUGCCAUUAUCCCAGUGAAAUGUGAUAUUAGAAACUCUUGUUUCCGGAUAGCUGAGUGGUUAGAGCAUAAGGCUGUCAUACGGAAGGUCGCGGUUCAAAUCUUCCUGAUGGCAGUGGAAUUUAUAUCGUGAUUUGACGUCGAAUACCAGUCAACUCAG